AUGUUAGCAAACCAGUCAACAAGAAAUGGUAAUGAAUGCAUUGAUCAUUUCUUAUUCCAAGGUUACGAAAGCAAUGAUGAUUUUAAGCACCCUCAAUGUAACACCCACAUUCAAUUACAUCGAAAAAGAGGCACUGAAAGAAUAAUUAUAUUAAAUGCGUGUAAAAUCUUUCUAAAUAAUCCUUUAUUAUCACCACGUUUGCGAAAUAUUAUUGACAAUAUUGAAUUAAUCCACCGAUGUUCAGAAGAAUCUGAUUUAGAUCGCGAAUUUAAAAAAAAAGCCAAAAAUGAUCCAUUAUUCACAAAAAUUCAACGUAUUACCCGUUCUGCACCUGAAUAUAAUAGUGAAGAUGAAUACUUUUCGUCUGACAAUGACAAUGCUCAUCCGUUACCACAAGACCCCGAAAAUAAUUUGAUUGAAAUUGAUCCUAUACUGAUUAUCAGAAAUGGGUUAAAAGACUUGAACGCACAAAACGAUAAUAAUGAUGACGACAAUUUACCAUCAAAAUUAUUUAUCACUCCUCACCAUAAUAAACUAUUUUCUACACCAAUUAACACUAGUUUUGUAAAUCUUAUGGAAAAAUUUGCGACUGGGUUAAAUGAAAAACAAAAAAAAGCCUACUUUUUCGUUUGUGACCAUCAUCGAAGAAACCAACCUGCUAACCUGAUCAAACCAUCCCAAUUACUGCUAUUUCUCUCUGGUGCAGAUAUGCUACUUGUCCUUGCACCUACAGGAAUUGCAGCUACCAAUAUAUAUGGAUACACAAUACAUUCUGCGUGUGGAUUUGGCUUCGAAACCUACAAAAAAAAUAAUCUAGCUGGUGAACAUUUAAAACAAUUGCAAGAAAUCUGGAGUAAAAUCCAAUAUGUCAUAAUAGAUAAAAUUUCAAUGAUAGAAUCAACAUUCUUUUUUGCGGAGACUUCAUGCAAUUGCCUCCAGUCCUUGACACCGCACUACGUACCAAAUAAAAUUACCACAACCAAAUUGGCUCCUUAUAAUGAAACUUCCAAUAAUAAUAAUUAUUCAAAACAAAAUAUGAACCAUAAAAAUGUUACUAAUUCUACAAUUAACAAUCGCUCUAUUACUAAUGCUAUAGGUAGAAAUCUAUGGUUGAGCGUUAAUCAUGUUAUUGAACUCGAAAAACCAAUGCGACAAAUUAAUGACCAUUUUUAUGCAUCUUUAUUAGAAAAUAUGCGCAAAGGAAAUCUUAAUGAAACUCAAAAAGAAGCUUUAUGA